AUGAACGCUGUGGACACACAUGUGGGCAAACAUUUGUUUGAGAAAACUAUUGGAAAAAACGGUUUAUUAAAAGACAAAAUAAGAAUUUUAGUUACAAAUAGUGUCUCUAUUUUGCCAAAUGUGGACCAAAUUGUGGUCAUAAAGAAUGGAUACGUCUCUGAAUCGGGAACUUUUGAAGAGUUGGUCUCAAAAAAUGGUUAUUUUGCUGAAUUUGUGACCGAAUAUCUGUCCCAACAGUCGGACAAUGAACUCAAAAAUGAAGACAAAAAAAUUGUUAAUAAAUUAAGAAAUUUAAUUAAAAAAGUAAUUAAUCAAACAAAUGGAAGAUUCAAUGCGUCGGGCGUUGGAAAUGAAUGGAAAAAUCUAAUUAAACAAAUGUUAAAUAAUUUAAGAGAAAAACGAUUACAAGAAGAAAAUAUUAUUAAAAACCAAUUAUUGGUUAAAACGAGUGGAAAGUUAACCGAAAUCGAGAGUUUAGAGACGAGUUCUGUUGGACUCAAAAUAUACAAAAAAUAUAUUACUUUAAUUGGUUUGUGGUUUUGCGCCGUUAUUAUUGGCUCAUCACUCGCCUCAACAAUGGCUCAAAUAUUAUCGGGUCUUUGGCUGAGCGAGUGGUCCGACGACUGCCUCGAUUCCAAUCAAAUAAAUGAUACAAAUGUCCGUUACAUAAGACUCGGAGUUUACGCCGGAAUCGGUGUCUUUGACACUGUUGUCACUUUCAUUUUACACACAUUUAUCAGUUUUGGAUGUAUUGGAGCCGCGAAACAAUUGCAUAACAUUAUGUUGGAUAAGAUUAUAAGAGCGCCAAUCAGUUUCUACGACACGACACCAAUCGGACGAAUUCAGAAUCGAUUCAGUCGUGACAUGGAUUCAGUCGAUGUUUCUCUUGUACUCAGUUUUAAGCAAACAAUUGCAACCAUUUUGAGAUCAAUUGUCGCCAUGUUUCUCAUUACAUUUCAAACACCAUUACUAUAUAUUCGCACUUCUCGUCAACUCAAACGCAUUGAGUCGACCACUCGUUCCCCUAUUUAUAGUCAUUUCAGUGAAACAGUUAGCGGUUCCACAAGUAUUAGAGCGUAUGGAGUAUCCCAUCAGUUCAUACAGGAAUGCAAUAGACGUGUCGAUAAAAACCAUAUGUGUUAUUAUCCAAGCUUUACAGCUUCCCAAUGGCUCGCAAUCAGACUGGAAUUAUUAGGCAAUUGUAUUGUAUUUUUAAUGUCAAUAUUUGUUGUGUAUUAUCGUUUCGAAUUAAGUCCGGGUAUUGCGGGUCUGGCUAUUGGUUAUUCACUUGAUAUAACGCGAUGUCUAACAUUUUUAGUAAAUUACACAUCAAAUGUCGAAACUAAUAUCGUUUCGGUUGAGAGAUGUCUUGAAUACACGGAAACUCCAACAGAAGCCGACUGGUAUAAUGAGGAGACAAAACCAUCGCUCGAUUGGCCGGAAAGGGGAGAAAUAAAGUUCAGUGAAUACAGCACUAGAUAUAGAAAAGGAUUGGAUUUAGUGCUCAAAUCGAUUACAUUAGAAGUGAAACCCAAAGAGAAGGUGGGAAUAGUCGGCAGAACGGGUGCCGGAAAGUCAUCGCUAACUCUGGCGCUCUUCCGACUCAUAGAACCGGUCAAUGGAUCUAUACGUAUAGACUCAGUGGACGUCACAAAACUGGGUUUACAUGACUUGAGAUCUCGCAUAACAAUUAUACCUCAAGACCCGGCGCUCUUCACCGGAACAUUGCGCCUCAAUUUGGAUCCAUUCAACCGAUACUCAGACACUGAUAUCUGGAGGGCCUUAGAGUCGGCACAUCUCAAGCAAUUUGUGAACACUUUGGAGAAGGGAUUGAGUCAUGAGAUCUCUGAAAGCGGAGAAAAUCUAAGUGUUGGACAAAAACAGUUGAUUUGUUUGGCCAGAGCUCUGUUGAGAAGAACUAAGAUUUUGGUGUUGGACGAAGCGACCGCUGCGGUUGAUAUGGCAACGGAUGACUUAAUCCAAGAGACGAUUAGAAAAGAGUUUUGUUUGUCAACUAUUGUUACGAUCGCUCAUCGAUUGAAUACAAUCAUAGAUUACGACAAAGUGUUGGUAAUCGAUAAGGGAAUGGUAGCCGAGUUUGAUUCACCCCAUUAUCUCUUGCAAAACACUAACUCUAUCUUCUAUUCAAUGGCUAAAGAAGCAAAUCUUAUAUAA